AUGUCGUACAACUUCCCUUCUACUCCCCGUCCCCGCUACUGCGUCGUUCGCCCAAAUGGCAUGAUUGCACCUAUGAUCCCGAUAGAUGAGCUGCCUGGAUGGCUGCAAAUAUUCAACUGGCCCUCGGACAUACUCCUGGGUCUGGAGCCAGUUUCCAAUCGCUCCAUCCAGCGGAACGACGAAUACCAUGUCAUUUGUCAUAAUUGUGCAAACAGUGUGGGAUACUUGUCUGACCAAACAUUUAGUUCUUCUUCAGCGACUAAAAGCCGUCGAGGACUGUUUCCUGAACCAGCUGAAUGCCUCGUUAUUCCCAGGGGAAAACCCUUCUUGUCUAAUGAACAUGUAUUCACUGCAACGGACGAAACAGAUUCGGAGGUAGUUCCGGACACCCCCAUGUCGGCUCCAGAGGUACUGCAGACUCAAGCCAUCUCUUUCAGCAGAUACUUCUCUACCCGCUCUACUGAUGAAGAGGUACUGGAAGGAUCGAGACGAUCUCCCAUUCCUGCGAAGUGCCUUCAACGCAAGUCAGAUACUCCAGCAUCCUCUGUGCACUCGGCAGAUGAUUCUAGUUCGAAACUCUCCAUUCAGUCUGAGGCCGAAAUGUUCUUGAUGACAUUAAGCGACUCUCCUGUGCUUGGAUCACACCCAGAUACACCCGCAUCCUCUGUGCACUCUGCAGAUAAUCCCGGUUCUGACAUCUCCAUUAUAUCUGAGGCUGAGAUUUAUAUGGUCGCGUUGAGGGACUCUCCCUUGCUUGGACCGCUCCCAGAAACUCCAGCAUCCUCUUUGUAUUUUGCAGAUAAUUCCAGUUCCAACGCCUCUGUUUCAUCUGAGGCUCCUGUGCUUGGAUCGCACUCAGAGACUUCAACUCUACCGUCCUCCGUUGACUUGACGGACGAUUAUGAUUCCGAUGAUUCCGAAGAUAGCUGCCAUUCUCCAGCACGAUCAGCUCAAAUUGAUGACGAAAUCGAUGGAUUCCCUGCGAUUCUUCAGGCAGACCUGGAUUCAUUAUGCUUCGUGUCCCGUGGAGAGCCAAUCGUGAGCGACGAAUAUCAGCCAGAACUAGAAAGUCUGAAGGACUUCGACAAUUCUCUUGCCGCCAAAAUGGAUACUGCGAUCUUCAGUGACUUGGAAGAUGUGGCCGACUUUGGAGAAUUUGCACUGGAGGAAGAAACCAGCACAUGCGCGCACCUUCACAUGAAAUCCAAGUCCAAACGCUCCAACAUCAGGUCAAUGGUUCACAAGACCCAUUCGAUGGCCCAUCACCAUGUCCACGGCGGUCGUUGCCGUCGUCGCGCGAACAUUGUCGGCACUAUGGUCUCGGUGGAAGAAGCAGAGUCCAAGCCGGAACAGCUGAAUUCAUAUACCAGGAGACGUGAUCGACGGGAGAGAAGAAUCCAAGGGAAGAAGGGGACGAAUUCUCAUGGCCAAUACCACCACAUGGUGAUGGUUCAUGGCUCGCAUUCACCAAAGCCACAUCGUUAA